AUUAAUAAUUGAAUGAACAGAAAAUGCUUGAGUGCCAUUUUAUAAAGCUGGAAUGUUUAACAGAGCUUUAAAAUAUUUUUAUAGAAAAUGACCCAAAAUUUUGCUACCACUCAUGAAAUAGAUUAUGGUUGGCAAUCAUUACUUUCAGAAGCUAAAAAACAGGGAAUUCAGCCAGAUUAUCGCUUUCUUGGUUAUUUAUCAGAGCCCAAGAAGCACUCAGCUUUUGAAGAAACUACGUACGAUGAUCAUUUUGGGCCUAAAGCCAAUUUCCCUUCGGAAACUCAAGAGCUAUACGAAGGUCCGAUUUCUACUGCUUUAGUAACUGACAGGGCAAAACAUAUGGUGACAACUACACAGCGAGAUUAUGAUGGUCGAAAAGCUGGAUCAAAUACAAGGUUAAAGUUUCUUGAUAACGAUUUUGAUUAUAAAUGUUCAAUUAAAGGGUGCUCAAACAAAAGUGCAAAAUGUUAUGAUGAUCCUUUAGAUAUUUUAAACACUAUUGGACCUGUCCCCUUAGUAAAAACUUGUCGAGCGAUUCAAAAAUGGGAAACUACUUACAAAAGAGAUUACGUCUGAAGCAUCUUAUCUGUAAAAACUUAAGUACUCUUUUAUUUUAAGUUCAAGUGUUAACUUCUAUAAUGUAUGAUUCUAAAGUAAUGUUUCUAUGCUUCUAAGAAAAUAAAUUCAUACAUGGUUAUGUUGCUUUACGGAUAGAAUUGUUAUAAUGAUUAGCGAAAACGUUUUAUUUUGAUGGCUUUAUGUUUUUUACUAUUCUUUUUCAAAAACAUUCUUUUUUUUCUGUCUCCCUCUCUCUAUAUAUA